UUGAACACGGUACUGGUUGUUUCAGUAAAAUACAGUGCGGUUCAGAGUGGUACCCGUUCGAGCAGACCCUCAUGGAACGCCGAUGUACCACGCCCGUAGUGUCCACUAGUCGUCGUAGUUAGCCCGAUCCAUGUUUUAGGUUGCGAUUAGAGGCAGGAGUAGGGGUUACGCGGGUUCUGCGGAGGCAGGAGCACUGUCGUAAGAGUGAUCGCGCUGCGUUGAUUUACGGAACCCUAAUGCUUAGGUGGUGUUGAGUCGCCUCAUUGCGUGAGCCGUGAGCCCCGUCCUGUAACCCUAAUGCGUGAACUAUGCGCCCUGCUCGGUAACUAGAGCGUGUGCCGGGGUGAACGUGGGAGAUCAUUCGUCAUCGGGUUUCGCGAGUUAGGGCGAUAUCAGGCUCCCACGAGGAAGGAGCGUUAAAAUAGGUAGCAUCCUGCUGGGAGUUAAAACAGGAGUUUAGCUGACAUAAUGCUGAAACGCGCAGCAGUUUAGGAGAGGCCCCGCUGGGUCAUACGCUUAUAGUUGUUUAGCCUUGGGGUGUUUCUAGAUUCAAGGAGGAGUCUUUAAAAAGCAAAGCGAGGCGACGCGAAAUGGGGGACAAUCAGGAGGGAGAGGACGCCAGGAGUAGGACCCAACGACCCGGCCCCACGUCUCCGUACCGCCCUCGGCAAUCCCGAGGUCAUAAUGUCAAAGAGACGACGCCUGAGUCGGCUCCACAGACGUCUCCGUACCGCCCUCGGCAAUCCCGGGGAGUCACUAGUAGUGAAGCGACUCCCGAUUCGACUCAACACAAGUCUCCCUACCGCUCUCGGCAGUCUCGAGGUCCUAAUAGUAAUGAAACGACUUCUGAGUCGGCUCAGCAGAAGUCUCCGUACCGCCCUCGGCAAUCUCGAGGUGUCAAAAGCGACGCCUCGUCGUCUCCCUCUGAUCGGCCGUCGGCUGAUGGACCAACUCCCGCCGCCGACUCCGGCGAGGCUCCGCUACAGCUGGGGUUCCUCGCGACGCUCUCCAAGUCCAAGAAAUGGACGGACGACGACCUACCGGCGACAGACGCGCGACCAGAACACGCCUCCGCGAACGCCUCGUCGUCGUCGCACGCGUCGCGGCCAAAGCUGAUGCGAUCGAAGGCGUCAGUCGCACGGGCACCUGCUGCAGGAUCGGACCCAGAAGAGAACCCAGGAACGAACCUGGGAGCGAACCCAGGGCCGCACGCAGGGCCGACCCCAGGGUACGUCCACGGCCAUACGCACGUGCGCAAGCCGCGACGCCUCGCAACCUCCGCGACGGUCUCCGGAGGGGGAGGCAGGGCGGAAGGCGGAGGGGGAGGCGGAGGAGGGGGAGGCGGCGCAACGUUCGCGGAUAUAGGCAAGCGGGGGAAAGCUUCCGCGUCUGUUUCCUCCGGGGGCGAGGGCGGGGGGAGGAGACGGGCAGGCGCAGGGGCAGGCGGAGGGGGAGGCACAGGGGGAGGCGCAGGGGGAGGCGGAAGGGGAGGCAGAAAUCUUACCCCCUUGUCCACCGGAGGGGGCACCCCUACGAGCAGUUUCCACGAGAACGGGGAGGGCGGGGGGGGAAGCAGCAGUGAGGCGGGGAGCGGGCGCAGCAGAGGGAGAAGCCCUUUCCAGUAUUAUGACGAUGAUGAUGACGAUCUAAGCAGCCAUGCUGACUCGGAAAUGGAGGUAAAUUUCGAGGAGGUUUUGGGCCCGGCGUCGGGGUUUAACUGGAUCACCAGCAUCAGCGCCGCGUCUACCCCUUCGUCCACUUCUUCGUCGAAUAGGGUUACCCGGUUCGCCCCGAGCACCCCCCCGCAUCCCCUGGCGUCUGGGGUGCACCCGUCGUUUGCGAGUAACGAGCAUGGGGUGCUCGCAUCGGCAGCAGCAGCAGCAGCGGCAGUGGCAGCAGCGGGGGGAGGAGUGGGGGCAGCGGGGGGAGCAGCAGGGAGUGGAAAGGAGGCGUUUAAGACUGAAGUAGAAGUAUUUAUGAGGCAGUCGGAGGGGGUAGUGGGGCUGCACCUUCUAGAGGGGCUUGCGCCUAGGGGCUCCAAACGAAAGCAGACUAAAAAGAAGGUGCUUGUAAGGAAAGUGAGGGAGGAAACGAAGAAGAUGGACUUUUGGGGGGAGGGGAGCGGGAGUGAAGACGGGAGGAGGCCCGGGAGGAGGAAGGCGAAAGGGGGGAAGGCGGGGGCGGAAGGGGAAGGGGGGAGGUGGUUGAGCGGAAGUUUGGGAGUUUGGGGGAGAGGAGGAGGCGGGAAAAGGGGGGGGAAAGGCGGGGGGAAAGGCAGGGGGGGCAGGAGGGGCAGGGGGGGCAGGGGGGCAGGGGGGGACGGGGCGGAAGGGGGAGAGGGGGUCGGGGGGAGCGUAUUGAGGGGAGGAAGUCGGGGGAAAAGGGGAGAGUCGGAAGAAGGUGGAGGGGGAGGGGAAGCGGGAGAUGAGGGGGAGGAAAGCACGGGGAAGGAACGUAGAAGCUUCAAAGAACUGGGGGAGAGGGAGGACGGCAGGGGGAAGGGCAGGAAAGGGCUGGGUUACGGGGGGAGUAAGUCAGUAGCAGCAGCAGCAGUGCGUAGGGCUAGGCGGAGCACGUCUAGUGGGGGGGAGGGGGACAUUACUGGUGUGAGUAGUGGCGAGGGGGAUAGUGCUGCCACUGGUGAAACGAGUGAGACAGGUGGGGCAGGUGGGGCAGGUGAAAAGACCUCGUUUGCUGCCCUGGGCAGAGCUAAAAAGGCUCCGGGCAGGUUAUCUGUAGCGAAUCCUGGCGGCGGGGAUGGCUCCGUGGUUGAUCCAGCAGAAGAUGAAGGGUCUUUCAUUGCCCUGGGCAGGCGAAAUUCCCGAGAGAACCUGUCAGCUGAUUUGGGCAGGUCGAAAAAUGAUGCGCUGACCCCGAAGGGAUCUACUACCCCCCGGUUGGCUGGGCUACCAGAGGUUAAAAAAAAUCUGGAGGAGGAGGAGGAUUUAAGUAAAGUGGCAGGUGUGGCAAAGAAAUGGGUGAAAAAAAGCAAGAAUGCCAAGGAGGGCGAUGAGGGAGGGGAGAGUGACGAAGAGGAAGGGGCGAUCGUUGGUUUUGGAACCCAGGUGAAGGAUGCAAAGAGAGGAAUUGGGGGGUCGAAAGGAGUGGGAGUCUCUUGGGAGGGGUUGAAAUCGGCUGCUGGGCUGAUAGGGGGAGGGGUUGGGGAGGAGGGUGAAGAUAAAGCAGGCGGAGGAGCAGGAGGAGCAGGAGGAGCAGGGGGGGCAGGGGGGUCGUUAUCUGGGAAGUUGGGAGGGGGAAAAGGGGGUGGGGCGGGGCCGGAUCUUUACCCCGGCCUCCCCUUACCCCCUGGCCGCGCCCGCCCUAAGACUCCCCCUCCCCUCGGCGCCUCAGUUGGAAAUGCCGCUUUAAAGGCUCCUCCCCCCCCCCACCCCCGCCUCCGCCUCCUCCUGGGGGCAAAGGUGCGCCUCCCCCGCCCCCUCCGCCUCCCCGUCCCCCCGGCGCCAAGGGACCCCCUCCCCCUCCGCCGCCACCAGGCUCCAAAGGCCCCCCUCCGCCCCCCCCUCCCCCUGGGGGAAAAGGUCCCCCCCCGCCCCCGCCUCCCCCAGGCGCAAAGGGGGCGGGGCCUCCCCCUCCCCCGCCUCCCCCAGGUGGCAAGGGGGGACCUCCCCCUCCGCCCUCGCCUGGGUUCAAGGGGAAGGGUCCGCCUCCACCCCCUGGGGGGGUGUUUGGGGGUAAGAGAGCGCUGGUCGACUGGGGAGGAGUGACAAACGCGGAUGGCACUAUAUGGGCC